CCAUAAGAAUUUCAGCUUUUUUGUAUAGAUAAACGAUUGUGGACUUCUCGGGAGACAAUAGUGUUUUAUGAUCAAAAUAGUGUGGAGCACCAAUUUUUAGGAACGAUGGACGAGAAACCAAUGGUAGUAUUUUAUAGCUUUUAUUUAUGCUCUGCAGCACAGGCCCUUAAACAAGUCACUAUGGAAUCAGAAUAAAUAAUGGAUAUUAUAUCCAAUGUUUCAUGUUUUGUUGAGUAACUUACCUAAAAUAAAGCAGUCAAAAUCCAAGAAGAAGAAACUCAAAGGUGAGGUUAUGCUUAUUAUAAGGAAUUAGCGAAAAUGUGUUUUGAAGCCACGCAAAGUACCCAACCAAAAACUCAACUUUUACCUAGAAUGGACCAGCUGAAGAAGUGAGAGUGGUGGAUACGCACUCGCUGCAACUCCCACAUUCGUGCAGAAUCAGAUGAAUGAAAAGAAUCAGAUCGUCGGUAAAAUCAGUAGAACAAUUGUCAUUCCUCAUUAUUCCUGUGCUUAUAGCAGUGUGCGUGGCGUGGUUUUCUCUAAUGUACUUGCACAUGUGGAUGUUGUUUUUGUGGGCGCUGAGCUUAACGGAUAGCCGAGGCAGUGCCAUUUUGGCAGAGGAUACAGCAUCGUUGAGGGAGGAUGAUUUUGAUCUUCCCAACAGACAGAACGACAAAUUUUCGAAUGAAGCUUAUCCUUAUGUGCAUGGAAACGGAAACAAGAUAUACGACGAUAGAUACGAUGACUUUUCUCCAAGAUGCACAGAGCGUUUGGAAAACGCGUUGGAACUUAUAAGGCGGAGGCAGGUAGCGAAGCAGAAGACUUUGCAUUUGAGCGGUUAUUCAUUGCACCAACAGUUGAGGAAUUCUCCUUACGACAUGUACGUCACGGAUAUGAGAGUGAGGUUACCGAGUUCUGCUAGUUGGGUAAGAGUGGACAGAUGUCGCUUCGAUCCCAGGAAUACCAGUUUAGAAACAAGGCUGCUCUUCAACGAUUUGACGAUAAGUGGUAGAGUGAAUCUUUUCAAUGGAGAUGACAUUCAAAGACAGGAUGGUCCCUUGUUGGAUAGCGAAAACACUUGCAACAUGAUCUUGAGACUUAGGAGAGCAGGAAUUGGGUUCUACACCGAACCAAUACGAAGAGAAAGGGGACACUUCAAUGUAAGAACUGAUUCUCAUUUUUUGGAACCUGGAUUUAUAAGUGUUUACGCGUAUGGUUGUGAGCCCACUAAGUUUCGUGCCUUUGGAAAAGAUUUGAGAGAGGAGGAAGAAGAUGAAUUGUCAAAAGAGAUGGAGGACAUUUUCUUGAAAGGUAUAAGAUCAUUGCUGACAUCUUAUAUGCAGAAAGAAUUGCAACCAGCUAUAAAAGAGACUUUGAUGAAGAAUUUGGGGUAUACUGUUUCUUAUGGGUGAAAAUCUAAUAUAAAAUGAAAAACUAGGUCAAUGGUGAAAAAUGAAAUUAAUAAGAAUAAUAAAUAAUUGAUUGUUACUUAUUUAAAUAUUGUAAAUAUUCGAAAAGAUAGUUUAUCUAGCAUUAUGAAUAGUUCUUUUGAAAUACACAACACAUAAUAUAAUGAACACAUUAUCAGCAAUUCUGUAGCAAGAAUCUUCUUCACAUUCUCAAAUUAAAAGUUUAUUUGAACAGUUAUAUUACAUUUUAGAAUACUUUUCAUGAGGUGCUCUAAGAGUGUGAAAUAUUAAUUGAGAAAAAAUAUGAAAUUCACCUACUUCUUCGAGGUUCUCUAAAAUGUAUAUUCACUACCAUUUCUGUGACUAUCAGAAAAGUUUUGGAAAAUUGUAUUAUUCAAGUAUGAAACGAGAAGUAGAGAAACAAUUGGUUGUGUAAAUUUUUUGAGCGAAACAUUUCUUAUUUAUUUUUGUAUAAAUGUAUAAAACUUUGUAAAAUGUACAUAAUUUCGAAUGUUCAAAAUAAAAUUUGCUGAAUUAUUUCCCCUUUAAAA